GAAAAAUGGCGGUGUGGUGACGCGGCGUGAAAAAGAUAGAGAAGAAACGUGAUGGGGGAGCGCUACCUGUCCCUGUAAGCCCUUACCGUUACCUUACCGUUAAUGUCGUUCCGUUAACGGUGGUCACCACCUCACCACAAUUAAGGCUUCCACACCCAAACCCAAACCCAAACCCAAUCCUUCUCCCUCCGAUUCAACUCAGUUAUGCACACCUCGUCACUCCCACUCCCACUUCACUCACUCCUCGCCGUUGAUUUCAUCCCAACCCUCUAGAUCUGAUCUCCACCGUUCCCGCCAUCGCUCAUGUCAUGUCGCUGCUCGCCUCUCUAAUCGGUGGGUUCAAAUGGCUGCUUCUGUUGUUAUCUUGCUUCCUGUGCUUUGCUGCACGUGCUAGUGCUACAACACUGCGACUCCAACCACCUUCUUUCUCUCCGGCUCCACCACCGGUUGUUCUUGAUGAUCUCCCACUACCGGCAAAUGCGCAAGGGGUGAACCAUAGCCAUUUGCCUGCUCCUAUUCCGUCACGUGCCAAUUUCACAAAGAAUAUUGCUCCCAUGCAUCCCAUUGCUGAUGCAAUUCCCUCUGCUCUCGCCCAGCCACCAUUGUCCCCUUCUGCUUCUGAUUGUUGCAAACAAGACAUGGUGUGGAAACGAGGGAGUGAAGUUUGCCACUGUGCUUAUCCAGUAAAGCUAGACUUGCUUCUUUUGAAUGUCUCUCAAAACCCCAACUGGAAUGUUUUUCUCAAUGAUUUGGCUAUCCAACUUGGGCUCAAGACUACCCAAAUUGAGAUUGUUAAAUUUUAUCUACUCAGCUUAUCCACGUUGAAUAUAUCCAUGGAUAUCACUCCGCAUAAAGGGAUUGGUUUUUCUGCAGAUGAAGCGGCUAAAAUAAACUCGUCACUUUUACUGCAUAAGGUCCAAUUGGACCAUAGAUUCGUGGGUGACUACAAAGUCCUCAAUAUAACCUGGUUUAAACCUCCACCUCCUUCUCAAGCCCCUACAAUUGCUGCAUCACCUACGGAAACUCCUCAGAGACGAGCACCUACAACUACGUUAUCAAGUACUUCAGACAAAGGAAGGCAUUCAAAUUUGCUUCUUAUUCUUGGAAUUGUUACUGGCGUACUCUUCAUUUCCAUUGUAUGUGUACUUAUACUUUGUUUAUGCACAUUGCGGCCAAAAACAACACCGCCUCCCACAGAAAAUGAAAAACCAAGGGUGGAAAGUGCAGUUCCAACUUUUGGCUCGCUUCCCCACCCAACCAGUACACGCUUUAUUGCUUAUGAAGAACUUAAAGAAGCAACAAAUAAUUUUGAACCAGCAAGUGUACUUGGAGAAGGAGGUUUUGGUAGAGUUUUUAAAGGUGUCUUAAAUGACGGAACUGCUGUUGCAAUUAAGAGACUUACUAGUGGAGGGCAACAGGGUGACAAAGAAUUUUUGGUUGAGGUCGAGAUGCUUAGUCGGUUGCACCAUCGUAACCUUGUAAAACUAGUGGGAUACUAUAGCAAUCGUGACUCAUCACAAAAUCUACUUUGCUAUGAGCUUGUCUCGAAUGGAAGUUUGGAGGCCUGGCUUCAUGGUCACCUGGGAAUAAAUUGCCCUUUGGAUUGGGACACCAGAAUGAAGAUCGCCCUUGAUGCUGCAAGAGGACUUGCAUACCUGCAUGAAGAUUCACAGCCAUGUGUUAUACACAGAGAUUUCAAGGCAUCCAACAUAUUGCUUGAGAACAACUUUCAUGCUAAAGUUGCAGAUUUCGGUCUAGCUAAACAGGCACCUGAAGGCAGGGCUAAUUAUCUAUCUACUCGAGUCAUGGGCACAUUUGGGUAUGUAGCUCCUGAGUAUGCUAUGACCGGACAUCUACUCGUAAAAAGUGACGUUUAUAGCUACGGUGUUGUCUUGCUGGAACUGUUGACCGGUAGGAAACCAGUGGAUAUGUCACAGCCAACUGGACAAGAGAACCUAGUUACUUGGGCAAGGCCAAUUCUUAGAGAUAAGGACCGAUUGGAAGAACUUGCUGAUCCAAGGCUUGGGGGAAGGUACCCAAAGGAAGAUUUUAUACGUGUUUGCACUAUUGCUGCAGCCUGUGUUGCUCCUGAAGCAAGCCAACGACCUACAAUGGGUGAAGUGGUACAAUCACUUAAAAUGGUGCAACGGAUCACAGAAUCCCAAGAUCCUGUGUUGACCUCAUCCAAUACACGGCCCAACCUGAGACAGUCCUCUACCACUUACGAAUCUGAUGGGACAUCUUCAAUGUUUUCUUCUGGUCCAUACUCUGGUCUAAGUGCCUUUGAUUAUGACAACAUUUCGAGGACGGCUGUUUUCUCUGAAGAUCUUCAUGAAGGGCGAUGAAAGUACUUGGAAAAGCAAGCUAACCACGAAUAUGCACCCAUAGGUUUUCACACCACAAACUAGAGAAGUUGUUUCUUUCGCGUAGCUGAAGGUGGAACCAUAACUGGUGGUGUUUUCUUGCAAGUGGUUGAAGGUUUCUUGGUGUUGUUGCUGAUUACAGAGGGGAUUAUUCAAUAGUCGCUUUUGCCAUCCUCCUCGGUAAAUCAACAUCUGUUUUCCCCUACGUGACAGUGUUUCCACGUGUGGAUGAAAUUUUGUAUAUAUGUGUAUUCUAGUUUGUUUUUCCAGAUUGGCCUCAAAAGCCUUUUUCAUUAUAAUAUAUUUAUCCGCAUAGCUUCACGGUCAUCAAAUUCAACGACGCAUAGUAUUGUUAACAGCCAAUGGCAAGUCGGGCUCACUAUUAUUCCACGAGAAACCAACGCCCCUGUUGAGUUUUUGGUUUAAAAAGGAGUGCAAGUAUUGAUAUCAAGAAAGUUUAGGUGCACUGAUUUUGAGUGACACCAUUUUUUCCUUUUCUCAGGGGGUUCA